CUUACUUCUCCUGAACAUGGAGUUGCUACGGUUUGGCUUGUUGCCACCUUGGGCUCGAAAUCCGUCACAAGAAAGUUGAACAAGAAGACUAUACUGGAUGUGGAUGUUCCCAAGACGUGUGGUGUCAUAAUGGACCCGGUGGCGCCGAUGGCUUUAAGGCUUCAAGGAAAUCUGCUGUAUGGGGUGUCGAGGGUAUACAGCCAACAGUGUGGAUACACGCUCACCGAUGUCCAAGCAAUGCAUGACAGAAUGAGAGCUCUGUUGAAGGUUCUUCCUGGAGGGGGCCUUGACCCUACAGCAGGAAAGGCUAGACCAGAUCAGCUCAUUCUACCCUAUGAUCCGAGUUUCCUGCCUGAAAAUAACCUCCCUGGCUUAGGACUAGAUUUUUCAAGUUUGAAUCUGUCGAUCGAUUUGGACCUGAGCCAACAAUCAAGUCGGAUGUGGCCUCAGACUCCUGAUCUUAGCCAAUCUGCUCUCUCUCAGACCGCCAGCCUGAAACUGGACUUGUCUUCUAACAGAUCAUUUGAGGACAUAGAUGGUUUUAGCGCGGUUACUAGUGUGAGUCGGUAUGGAGGGAUAGGCAUCGAUCUUGGCGGCAUCGAGUCCCUCCAGUAUGGUGAGGAAUCCGGUGUGAUCCUGCAACCUGACUUUGAAUUCGAUGAAGAUGGAAAUAUCAUCGAGCUUGCUGGAUCCGAUCAGCCUGAGACAAGAUUGCAAGGGAACAUACCAGCCAUGGAAGAAAGAGCUGCAGAUGACAUGGAAGUUGACGUGGUAGGAAGCAUUGUCAUGGAGGAUCAGCUAGCUUUGCUUGACGAAGAAUUCAAAAGAGAAAUAUCAGGCCUAAAACCGAAAGCCGAAAACGUUGACAUGCAGAAGACCACUCACAACCGCGCCUCUAUAUUUGACCAGGUAAUGGAGGAUGAAGAUGCUGUGGAGUCGAAUGCGGCAUUACAGCAAAAGAGAAGAGGCCCCAAGGUCAUUGGAUUAGAUGACCAAAUUGCACUGCGAAACACUGACAUGGCCCAGUUGAAUAAUAACUAUGUGCAGAACAUGGCAGCAGCCUCGAAGCAGAAGCAGAGAAACAAGCUUCCAACUUUGGCAAAGAAAAAAGCUGCUUUCUGGGUCUUCGGUCAAGGCAUUGGUUCUGUCGGUGUAGGCGUGGGGGUGUCUCAUGUCAAGCAUCCAUUGCAUUCUUUCUCAGGGGACCAACUAUAUGAAAAUCUCCAAGAUAAAUCGAAUGAUCGAGUACGCAAGCGUCUUCAUUCAUCCAUCGAAGAAGAAGAUCCCAAUUUCGAUACACGACGGAUACGCCCAAGGGUGGAGGAUGAUAAUCAGAUCGGACGUCACGACGACAGGUUAUGGAAUGAGGACGUCGAAUAUGGUCGCAAUGCACCACCCUCUCUUCGCGAUGACCACUCCAUCCAAAUGCCAUGGAACAUCACAGCAUCUAUUCAAAGCUCUCGACAGGGCUCGUCUGCUGCGAACAUCUUUCGCGGAUUCGGCAGCGCCAGUGACUUCUCAUCACAUGGAGUUUCAGAGACUGGAUUUGGAAGAGCACGCAGCCGUCUCACAAGCGCAAGUCCCCUUGCUGGCCGUGGGUUCCCUUUUGACGCUGAAGCGCUCAAUGUUAUCUCGAUUCCUGGAAACGAGAUGGGUGAGUUAGAGAACCUUGACGACUUUGACAUUUCUCAGUAUCUACACACCGAGCUUGCAACGGAGAAUGGUGGAGCCUUUGACGAGGAUCACAUAAUGGAAGCAGAAGACCAUGGAACACACUCUGUUGUUCAGGGCCUGCAAGUACUCAAUGAUGACUCACAAAAGUCAACACUUGACCAAGAGGGCUUGAACUUCCUCAAGUACUUGGAAUCCAUAUUCAUGACCACGACACCUGCAAAUGAAGAGGCAGGCUAUGACCCGAAUGUUCCAGCCGCGAAAAAUCGAUCAGUGGCAUUCUCCACACUUCUCCCUCCGCAGAAGACCUCUCACAUCGUGGCUACUCAGGGCUUCAUGCAUGUGCUUACACUUGCAACUAAAGGUAUACUUUCGGUAAAACAAGAAGCAUACGAAGACCAAAGCACAGAAGAAUAUGGCGUGCGAUAUAAGUACGGAGAGAUUCACUUAUGCAUACCAGGAUUGUAG